AUGUAUUGGGAGAAAUCCAAAGAUACAAAUAACCAACUUGUUUGUGAAGCCAUAUCUAGGAAUAGGUUCAAGUAUAUUAUACAAAAUUUACAUUGCUGCGACAAUAAUAAUUUGUUGAAUACUAAUGAUAAGUUUGCUAAGAUUCGCCCUCUUAUUGACGCACUAAAUAAAAGAUUUAUCGACUUUGCACCCUUUCAGGAGAAUCAUAGUGUAGAUGAAAGUAUGGUUCCAUAUUUUGGACGCCAUGGAACCAAGCAGUUCAUCAAAGGAAAGCCCAUCAGAUGGGGUUAUAAGUUUUGGGCCGGUACUACGAAAACUGGUUAUGUUGAAUGGUUUGAGCCUUACCAGGGUUCGACAACAAUUAUUGCGGAUGAAUAUAAAGAAUUAGGUCUUGGAGCUAGU